UUCGCUAGAAAUAUAGAAAUUUCUUUUCUAACGUUGGACUGGACUGGACACAUUCAAGUCAAAACGUGGUCAGAAAUAAACCAAACCUCUUCACUUUUUAAGAUUUGACACUUGACACGAUACCUGACAUAACAUUAGAUACUGGCAACGUUGUAUUGCAGGGGGGCAACCAAUAGACGUUCGUAUCAACAAAUAAACAUUAACCUGCAAUUGUACUUUGAUAAAUAAAUAACAAAGCUAAAGAAUACCAGCGCCCAAUAGAACAAUGUCUGCCAGUUCUUCAGUAUCAUCGUCUCCCUAUCAUGAAAAAUACCACUUCAAAAACCAAUACGAGGACUACUCAGAGGAUAAGGCAAAGCCCUACAUAGACAACAACGCUGUGAGCACAACAAAUAGAAUAACUGCGAAGCUAGCGGCCAAAUGGGGCUCGAUGUUGGACGAGCUGAAGGAUUGGACGUCAACCGACUACUCAGUUUAUACGGGAACUGCCGGUGUGGGGCUGCUGUUUUUCAGAAAGAACCCCAAUGAUACCCGGAAUUUGAGAAAUAUACGGAAACAGUACUUGCAAUUGGAGCAGCUGAAAAACAAACGCGUAACGUUUCUAUGUGGGGAUUGUGGGCCUUUGGCCCUUGGGGCCAUUGUUUCCUAUAAACUAGACGAUCAAAAGAUCUACAACUUCUGCAUUAGGAAGCUCACUGCCUUUAUAAAAGUGGUAAAAAACUCCAGCUCGGACUUGCCCAACGAAUAUUUGUAUGGACGAGCAGGAUUUCUCUACGCCCUUCUGUUCGUUAAUCGACACGUUUCCCCUGCCCCAUUUUCUGAUGCCGCAAUCACAAGUAUCGUGUCGGCCAUGCUGCAUUCGGGCGAAAAACUGGCAAAGCAUUUGAAGAUUGAAAAAGAAUGCCCGUUGAUGUUCCAGUGGCAUGAUUCCCAGUAUUUGGGCGCAGCCCAUGGAGUAUCCGGCAUUAUCUACCUCCUUCUGCAAGCGCGAAAGUACCUCACUGAAGCGGAGUUGACCAACCUCAUCAAGCCCACUAUUUCUUUCCUAUCCACGUUGAGGUUUCCCACCGGGAAUUUUCCCUCCUCGCUCGGCCCUGGUAAGCAGGACAAAUACGUUCAAUGGUGCCACGGCGCUCCAGGAUUCCUAUACAUGUACUGUGAAGCUUACAGGUUUCAGACAUUUGGCGACAAACACUAUAUCUAUGCGGCGGAAAAAUGUGCGGAUGUUAUUUGGUUCAGAGGCAUCUUGAAGAAGGGCUACAGUCUGUGUCAUGGUGUGGCCGGGAACGCCUACUGUUUCCUGGAAAUGUUCCAGACAACAAAGGAUGAACGGCAUCUGUAUCGCGCAAUCAAAUUUGCCGAAUAUUGCUUAGACUAUACAAAACAGCGCGAGGAAUGCACCCCUGAUCGUCCAAUGUCGUUGUACGAAGGCAUAUCUGGACCGAUGUAUUUGCUAUUGGAUAUCCAGGAUCCUUUGAACGCUAAGUUUCCUGGAUUCACCCUUUAGGCACUCGGCUAAUGGUCUGAAACACCAUGAAAACUGUUUUUAAUGCCUUCAUUUUUUUGGGAUUUAAUUGCUGUGUUGGCCUUGCCUUAAACUAGUUAAGGACUUGAGUUUCCUAACUAUUCAGUGUCAAAUAAUUGCUGAAACCAGUAUUAGUCAUUGUGAUGUUUGCACUUUUGAUAAG